GAAACCCUAGCACGCAGGACUUCAUCUAUAUACAAACUUGUGCCGCCGUUCCCUGCCUCCAGAGAGAGUGGAGUUGAGAAAAUAACGAAAAUGGUGUCCGGAUCGGGGAUCUGCGCAAAGCGGGUGGUGGUGGACGCGAGGCACCACAUGCUUGGCCGGCUGGCAUCGAUCAUCGCUAAGGAGCUCUUGAACGGGCAGAAAGUCGUCGUGGUGAGAUGCGAGGAGAUAUGCAUGUCGGGAGGGCUUGUCCGCCAGAAGAUGAAGUACAUGAGGUUUCUCCGCAAGCGCAUGAACACCAAACCCUCUCAUGGCCCCAUUCACUUCCGCUCCCCCGCCAAGAUCUUCUGGCGCACCGUCCGUGGAAUGAUCCCGCACAAGACAAAGCGUGGAGCUGCUGCUCUUGCACGAUUGAAGUCCUAUGAGGGCAUUCCUCCUCCAUAUGACAAGAUGAAGAGGAUGGUCAUCCCUGAUGCUCUUAAGGUAUUGAGGCUUCAGAAGGGACACAAGUACUGCCUGUUGGGUCGCCUCUCAUCUGAGGUUGGAUGGAACCACUAUGAGACCAUCAGGGAGCUUGAGAAGAAGAGGAAGGAGAGGUCUCAAGUGGUCUAUGAGAGGAAGAAGCAGUUGGUGAAACUUAGGUUGAAGGCUGAGAAGGCCGCAGAGGAGAAGCUUGGCUCACAACUGGACAUUCUUGCCGCCGUUAAGUACUGAUAUCUGUUUGGUCAGUAGGUAGCCAGUUUACAGUUUAGAGGCUUGUCUUUGAUGAAAGUUCCCAAUUUUUUUUAGACUAUAGAGCUGAAAAUUUACUAAGACAAGAGUUGUUAUCUGGUUUUGAUAAAUUUGAGAUAAAUACUGUUUUUCUGCCUGCCAUAUUUUCUCGUUCUCAA